CAUAACCACGCCCUCUCCGCCUGCCGCCAGCUGCGGCCGCGUCCGGGCGCUGCUCGCUCCCAGUUCCCUCCCAGCGCUCCCAGUUCCCUCCCAGCGCUCCCAGUUCCCUCCCAGCGCUCCCAGUUCCCUCCCAGUGCUCCCAGUAAGAGCGGCACCGGCUGGGAAAGCGCUCCCGGAACCCGCCCAGGACAGAGCGCGGCACUGCCCGGGCAGGGCUGGGAGAGGAGGAGGAGCGGGGCGAAGAGGAGGGACACAGGAGGAGGAAAAGGAGAAAGAAACGGAGGAAGAGAAAGAGGAAGAGGAAGAGGAGGGACACAGGAGGAGGACGAGGAGGAGGAGGAGGAGGAGCAGCCCCAGCCCCGCUCCCUCCGCAGCUCGCCCGGAUCCGCCGGCAUCGCCCGCCCGGAACCCGCCGGUGAGCGGGGAGGGGGAGCUCGCCCCGAACCCAUCGCGGGGGGCUCCGGGAGGGUUUUUGUGGGGCAGGGGAGGCAAAUCCCAUCGUGUCCUUGUCCUCCCUCGGCCAGAGCAGGAGCUGGGCAUGGAGAGCAGCGAGGACAAAUCCCAUCGUGUCCUUGUCCUCCCUCGGCCAGAGCAGGAGCUGGGCAUGGAGAGCAGCGAGGACAAAUCCCAUCGUGUCCUUGUCCUCCCUCGGCCAGAGCAGGAGCUGGGCAUGGAGAGCAGCGAGGACAAAUCCCAUCGUGUCCUUGUCCUCCCUCGGCCAGAGCAGGAGCUGGGCAUGGAGAGCAGCGAGGACAAAUCCCCGCGGCGGCAGAACCUGGUGGCAGAGGCCGUUUGGAGCGGCUCCACGGCGCAGGAAGGCAGCGGGGAGGAGAAGCCGCGGAGAUCCCUCAGCAGGAGGGGCUGCAAAGGCAGAGCGCGGGGAUCCGAGGGGGAAAGAGCCAGCCUGGGCCGGGGAGGGGGUCAGAGCUCAGAGCUGGGGGUCCGUGAGCAGCUCCAGGAUGGGGAGAAGCCCCACAAGAACUCGGAGCUGGGGGUCCGUGAGCAGCUCCAGGAUGGAGAGAAGCCCCACAAGAGCUCAGAGCUGGGGGUCCGUGAGCAGCUCCAGGAUGGGGAGAAGCCCCACAAGUGCCCGGAAUGUGGGAAGAGCUUCACGCUGAGUUCCCACCUGGUUGCCCACCGGAGGAUCCACACCGGGGACAGACCCUACGAGUGUGGGCUGUGCAUGAAGAGCUUCAGCAGAAGGUCCUACCUGAUCGUUCACUGGCGCAUCCACACCGGGGAGAGGCCUUACGAGUGUGAGCAGUGCAGGAAGAGGUUCCAGACCAGCUCCAGUCUCAGCCUCCACCAGCGAAUUCACAGAGAGGAGAGACCCUACGAGUGUCCCCAGUGCGGGAAGAGCUUCAAGCACAGCUCCACCCUGGUCACCCACCGGCGCAUCCACAGCGGGGAGAGACCCUAUGAGUGUCCCCAGUGUGGGAAGAGCUUUGGGAGGUGUUCCAGCCUGGUUGUCCACCAGAGGAUCCACACGGGAGAACGGCCCUACGAGUGUGGGCAGUGCGGGAAGAGCUUCGGCAGGAGUUCCCACCUGGUUGUCCACCAGAAGAGCCACACGGGACAAGAGCUGGGAUCUGAGGGGGAAAAUCCCACCCUGGGUCAGGGAGGGGGUCAGAGAUCAGAGCUGGGGGUCCGUGAGGAACUCCAGGAUGGGGAGAAGCCCCACAAGUGCUCGGAAUGUGGGAAGAGCUUCAGCAGGAGAUCCUACCUGGUGCGCCACUGGAUUGUCCACACGGGGCGACGGCCCCACGAGUGUGGGGAGUGCGGGAAGAGCUUCAGCGAGCGCUCCAGCCUGAGCAAACACCAGAAGAUCCACACCGGGAAGAGGCCCCACGAGUGCGGGCAGUGCGGGAAGAGCUUCACGCAACGCUCCCACCUGAUGGUCCACCAGAGGAGCCACACUGGGGAGAAACCCUAUGAGUGCGAUGUGUGCAAGAAGAGGUUUCAGACCAGCUCCACUCUCCUGGUGCACCAGCGCAUCCACACCGAGGAGAGGCCGUUCCAGUGCCCCGAGUGUGGGAAGGGAUUCAGGGAAAACUCCAGCCUGGUCAAACACCGGCGCGUCCACACCGGGGAGAGACCCCACGAGUGUCUCCAGUGCGGGAAGAGCUUCAGAGAGAGCUCCCACCUGAUGGUCCACCAGAGGGGCCACACCGGGGAGAGACCCUACGAGUGCGGGGAGUGUGGGAAGAGCUUCACGCAGAGCUCCAGCCUGGUUGUCCACCAGAGGAGCCACACGGGAGAGCGGCCCUACGAGUGUGGGGAGUGUGGGAAGAGCUUCAGCCAGAGCUCAGGGCUGAUCGCCCACCAGAAGAUCCACAGCGAGGACAGGCCCUACGAGUGCGCGCUGUGCGGGAAGAGCUUCAGCAUCAGCUCCUACUUGGUCAAGCACCAGCUGAUCCACACGGGGGAGAGGCCCUACGAGUGUGAGCAGUGCAGGAAGAGGUUUCAGAGCAGCUCUGACCUCCUGAAGCACCAUCGGGUGCACACCGAGGAGAGGCCCUUCCGCUGUCCCACCUGCGGGAAGGGAUUCAAGCACAACUCCACCCUGGUCAGGCACCGGCGCAUCCACACCGGGGAGAGACCCUACAAGUGUGGGUUCUGUGAGAAGAGCUUCUCCAGGAGCUUCACCUUGACCCAACACCAACGCAGCCAGCACUCCGCAUCCGGGCGCGGUUCGCUCCCAGUUCCCUCCCAGCGCUCCCAGUACGAGCGGCACCGGCUGGGAAAGCGCUCCCAGUUCCCUCCCAGCGCUCCCAGUAAGAGCGGCACCGGCUGGGAAAGCGCUCCCAGUUCCCUCCCAGCGCUCCCAGAGGAGGAGGAGGGAGACAAGAAGGAGCAGGGGCGGGAGAAAGAGGAAGAGGAGGGACAGAGGAGGAGGAGGGAGAGAAGAAGGAGCGGGAGAAAGAGGAAGAGGAGGGACAGAGGAGGAGGAGGAGGAGCAGCCCCAGCCCCGCUCCGGUCGCGGCUCGCCCGGAUCCGCCGGCAUCGCCCGCCCGGAACCCGCCGGCUCCUCAGCUUCUCGGGAGAAAAAAAAAAAUCCUGGCCAAAGGAUUUUUCCAGAAAAUAUCAUUGGCUCCAGGGCCCCCCGGGGCUGAAAGGGGCGCUGACUCCUCCAGCUGCCACCAGAGCCAACGCGCUCAGCCCUUGUUCUCCCCCAGCCCAGGAUUUCCCAUUGCCAAACCUCGGCCCCAUGGAGGAGGAGGAGGAGGCUGUGAGGAAGAGGAAGAUGUCCCCGGAGCCCCAGGCAGAGCAGGAGCUGGGCAUGGAGAGCAGCGAGGACAAAUCCCAUCGUGUCCUUGUCCUUCCUCGGCCAGAGCAGGAGCUGGGCAUGGAGAGCAGCGAGGACAAAUCCCAUCGUGUCCUUGUCCUCCCUCGGCCAGAGCAGGAGCUGGGCAUGGAGAGCAGCGAGGACAAAUCCCCGCGGCGGCAGAACCUGGUGGCAGAGGCCGUUUGGAGCGGCUCCACGGCGCAGGAAGGCAGCGGGGAGGAGAAGGCGCGGAGAUCCCUCAGCAGGAGGGGCUGCAAAGGCAGAGCGCGGGGAUCCGAGGGGGAAAGAGCCAGCCUGGGCCGGGGAGGGGGUCAGAGCUCAGAGCUGGGGGUCCGUGAGCAGCUCCAGGAUGGGGAGAAGCCCCACAAGAGCUCGGAGCUGGGGGUCCGUGAGCAGCUCCAGGAUGGGGAGAAGCCCCACAAGAGCCCAGAAUGUGGGAAGAGCUUCAGGUGGAGAUCAUCCCUAGUUGACCAUUCCAGUAUCCACACUGGGGAGAAGCCCUAUGGGCAUGGGGAAUCUGGGAAAAGCUUCAGCUCAAGCUCCAGCCUGGUUGUCCACCAGAGGAUGUUCACAGGGCAAGAGUUGAGAUCUGAGGGGGAAAAACCCAGCCUGGGUCAGGGAGAGGGUCAGAGAUCAGAGCUGGGGGUCCAUGAGCAGCUCCAGGAUGGAGAGAAGCCCCACAAGUGCCCGGAAUGUGGGAAGAGCUUCAGGUGGAGAUCAUCCCUGAUCCGCCACUGCAGAAUCCACACGGGGGAGAGACCCUACGAGUGUGGGGAAUGUGGGAAGAGCUUCAACACCAGGUCCUACCUGAUCGUCCACCAGAGGAUGCACAACGGGGAGAGGUCCUACGAGUGUGGGCUUUGCGGGAAGAGCUUCAGCACCAGCUCCCACCUGAUCGUGCACCAGAGGAAUCACACGGGAGAGAGGCCCUACGAGUGUGAUGUGUGCAAGAAGAGGUUCCAGAGCAGCUCCACCCUCCGCAGCCACCAGCGGAUUCACACCGAGGAGAGGCCGUUCCGCUGUCCCGACUGCGGGAAGGGAUUCAGGGAAAACUCCACCCUGGUCACCCACCGGCGCAUCCACACCGGGGAGAGACCCUACGUGUGCGGGGAAUGUGGGAAGAGCUUCAACACCAGCUCCUACCUGAUGGUCCACCAGAGGAUGCACAGCGGGGAACGGCCCUACGAGUGUGGGCAGUGCGGGAAGAGCUUCACCCGCAGCUCCCAGCUGAUCGUCCACCACAGGAUCCACACCGGGGAACGACCCUACGAGUGUCCCCAGUGCGGGAAGGGCUUCAUCUCCAGCUCCAACCUGAUUGUCCACCAGAGGAGCCACGCCGGGGAGAGGCCCUACGAGUGUGAGCAGUGCAAGAAGAGGUUUCAGAGCAUCGGUGAUCUGGUCGUGCACCGGCGCUUGCACGCGGAGGAGAGGCCCUUCCACCUCCCCGACGGCGGGCAGGGCUUCAGUGACAGCUCCACGCUCAUCCAGCAGCAGUUCAUCCACGCCGGGGAGGGUGAGGAGAGCUUCAGUGAGAGCUCCAGCCUGAUCAUCCACCAGAGGGACCACGCCGAGGAGAGACCCUACGAGUGCGAUCAGUGCCGUCAGAGGUUUUACACCAGCUCCUCUCUCCUCAAGCACCAACGCGCUCACAGCGAGGAGAGGCCCUUCCGCUGCCCCGACUGCGGGAAGGGCUUCAAGAACAACUCCGCCCUCGUCAUCCACCAACGCAUCCACACCGGGGAGAGGCCCUACGAGUGUGAUCAGUGCUGGAAGAGGUUCCACACCACGUCUGAUCUCCUCCUGCACCAGCGCAUCCACACGGACGAGAGGCCCUUCCGCUGUCCCGACUGCGGGGUGGGGUUCAAGCACAACUCCAGCCUGGUCAAACACCGGCGGAUCCACACCGGGGAGAGACCCUACGUGUGUUGGCAGUGUGGGAAGAGCUUCAGCGCCAGCUUCAGCCUGAUUGUCCACCACAGGACCCACACCGGGGAACGGCCCUACGAGUGUGGGCAGUGCGGGAAGAGCUUCAGCCAGAGCUCAGGGCUGGUGGCCCACCAGAGGAGCCACACGGGGGAGAGGCCCUACGAGUGUGGGGAGUGUGGGAAGAGCUUCAGCCAGAGCUGUAACUUGAUCAAACACCAGUGUAGGCAGCACUGCGGGCAGCCCAGAGGGCAGGAGGAGCUUCCUGGGCUGCUGCAGCUUCAUCCCCCACAGGAGGAUCUGCUCUGGAUGGUCCCCAGUGAGCCCAGGUGGGCAGAGCCCAGGUGAUCCCUGUUGGAGGACACCUGGCUGGGGGCUCCUCAUCCUCCUGCCCAGGUGGGCAGAGCCCCGUUGAUCUGUGUUUGAUGGACACCUGGCUGAGGGCUCCACAUCCUCCUGGUUCCUCAUGGUCACAUCCGCAGUCCAAGAUCCAAAAUCCAUUGUGGAGAGCAGAUUUGUCAACUUCCAAGCCCAGAAAAAUCUCAUUUUUCCCCUCUUUUGGUGGUCUUCAGCAGCUCUAGGUAGCCUUGGAUGGCUUCUCCACCAUCAAUCCAUCCCCCACGGGAGGAUCUGCUCUGGAUGGUCCCCAGGGAGCCCAGGUGGGCAGAGCCCAGGUGAGCCCUGUUGGAGCACACCUGGCUGGGGGCUCCUCAUCCUCCUGGCUCCCCUGGCCUGGAUUUCCUUUCCAUUUCCCUUUGUCCUUUCCAAACACCCAAACCUGGAGUUCACAAUAAAGAUGUUGAACUGAAA